AUGGCAAAAGACAGAAUGAAGGAUGCAGGGGACGUACGACGGUACUUGUUUGGCGAGUAUCAAUCGAAAAAGAAAAAAUAUGACAUGGCGGAGGUGUUGGAGAAACGAAGCACAGACAUAAAGACAAUACGACGUGGGAACGGGGAGAGUGUGACUAUGAGCGGCAUGUAUGUUGCACGGGAUAUAUCGCACAGGGGUCAAAAAAAUAACACAGAGGACUGGCAGAGACGGAAGGAGCGACGAAUCGUGAACGGCACAACGACCAAAGAGGCAGGAAACACAAAACUUGAGCCCGACUGUGGUGCAUGUUGA